GAGUCCAGAGCCGGCGGUGUGUCCUCACAGAAGAGCAGCAGCACCGCUCCGGUCAGCCCUGGAGCCGGUCAGCCGGACAGUGUUCCCGCUGCGCUCGCCAGCACCCUCCAGCACAUCGUAGGACAGCUGGACGUGCUCACACAGACGGUGGCCAUUCUGGAGCAGCGACUGACUCUGACUGAGGAUAAACUGAAGGAGUGUAUGGAGAUGCAGCGUCAGUCCGUGUCUGAGAACUGAUGCAACCGUCUACUGGAGCUACAGCUACCUCACUGUCACCUCCUCAAACAGUUUACAGCUCACAAACCAUGUUAAAACUUAAUUCUUGUCCCAACAUGUUUAUGUUAAAGAGCCACCGUGAUGAGAGUGAAUUAAAUGACAGAGUCUGUAUUAUUUGGUGGCAGAUGUUUGUGUGUAGUUUUGCAGUAACAGCAGUGUGAGGAUGGAGGACUGUGCUGAGUGUGGAUGUGCUGCAGGCUGUAGCAUCAGCUCUGCUGUAAUCCAACCUUAAACCACAAGCUGAAACUCAUGCUUGGCUGAAAUCUGUUUAGAGAAAUCAAAACGUGAAGCCUUCUUUCUGUACUUCCUAGAUAAAGUAGUAUGCGUUUGUCCUGUUUUACAUUAACUUUAAAGUUGUCUUUUUUUAAUUAACUUUUGCUGUUUUGAGUUAUACUGUCUCAUCUUCUAUGUAACUCAAUGCUUCUUCUUUCAAAUGAAGCUUUUACAGUUUUUACAGUUUUGAUGUGUUUCACUUGUUGUCCAUGCCAGUAAAAUGUGUUUGUUUAGC